UCUUCCCGUCUUCCACUCUCACUCAGUCGAGCAAGAGUACAGGAGGCAGCAGGCAGCUGCCGAGGAGCGAGCUGUGAGGCGACUCCAGCCUCCUCUCCAGCAGAUUGUGCCUCCUGUACAAUGGAAACUAAACGGUGGCAGAGCAGAAGGGAUGGAGGGCAGAGCUGCCGGGCGCACAGGUCGGCAGGGGUCAUGAGGGUGUCGGAGGCCCCGCUCCCUGUGCAGAGCAGCUGAAGCAGACAUGGGCAAAGAAGUCUUGGAUGGCAUCGGUUGGCUCCUCCUCUUUGACGUCACCAGCCACAACCACCACUGGCUACGCAGCAAGUUCUCUGUAUUUGCCACCACCUCCCUGUAAGACUUUGCAAUGAGAAUGUCCGAUAUCGUGGACACUGAAACAAUGAAAGUUUCCGAAGCUGCCGACACAGUGUCACCUGCAAAAGACAACGCCACCAAGUCCGAAGACUCUGACCACCAGAGCCAGAGCAGCAGAGACGAACACGGCGGCAACAAUAAGAAGGACAUACAGCCUGUGAAGUACUCCAAGUCCAACACUAGGCUAAAGCUCGUACGGAGCCUGGCAGUGUGUGAAGAAUCCUUUCCCUGUCCUAGUCCCGAGCCUUCAGCAGCACCUCAGGAUGGAUUCCUUCCCCCAGCUUUGGAAAAUGAAGAACGUGGAGCAAAGGACCAAGCUGAGAAGGAGAGCAGCUGCGACAAGGUGGACAAACCGGAGAAAGCUCCCAGAAAAAUGUUAUCAAGAGAUUCCAGUCAAGACUACACGGACUCAACUGGCAUAGACCUCCACGAAUUCCUGGUCAACACACUGAAGAGCAAUCCCAGGGAUCGAAUCAUGCUGCUCAAGUUGGAACAAGACAUCUUGGAUUUUAUCAGCAAUAAUGAAAGCCAAAAGAGAAAGUUCCCCCCCAUGACGUCCUACCAUCGGAUGCUGCUACACCGAGUGGCGGCCUACUUUGGCAUGGACCACAACGUGGACCCCAGUGGGAAGUCGGUGGUGAUCAACAAGACCACCAACACUAGAAUACCCGAUCAGAAAUUCUCCGAGCACAUCAAGGAUGACAGGGCGGACGAUUUUCAGAAACGUUACAUUCUCAAACGAGACAACUCCAGCUUUGAUCGCGACGACAGCACGAUUCGAAUGCGUUUGAAAGCUGACAAGAGGAGCAAAUCGAUGGAGGAGAGGGAGGAGGAGUAUCAGCGAGCCAGAGAAAGGAUUUUUGCACAUGAUGGAGAUCACUUCAUACUGGAUAGGAGUGUGCAGGAUGAAGAUGCAUGCAUGAGCACUCAACAGAGGCGGCAAAUGUUCAGGUUACGGGCAGGUCAGUCUGGCGCCAGCCGGCAGAGUAGCUCUGAGACGGAAACGCUGGCGCGCCACGGCGAGCCCCGGCCGUGGAGCAGCACCGACAGCUCGGACAGCUCCAACCGGCUGGCCCCGCGGCCCCCCAUCACCAAGGCCAGCAGCUUCAGCGGCAUCUCGCCCGGCCUCAUCCGAGGGGACAGCACGGCCAGCAGCAAGAGCACCGGGAGACUCUCCAAGACAGGUUCAGAAUCGUGCAGCAGUGUCGGCUCCUCGUCCAGCUCGCUCUCCCGCCCUCAGCUGCCCCUUUCAGUUUCAGCCUCCUCCCGGCCCAACAUCCACGGCGCACCGCUACUCCACCCGGCCAGCGACCCCCGGGGGCCCGGCCACCCCGAGAUGACCAAGAGUGUCCCCUCACAGCCGCCAGCUUCAGCUACAGACGCGACAAACUAUUAUGUGUUGCCGCUAGAAGCCUCAGGGAUUCCACCUGGCAGCGUUCUGGUCAAUCCACACACAGGAAAGCCUUUCAUCCAUCCCGAUGGCAGCACAGUAGUUUAUAACCCAGGCAGCAUCGGACCGCCUCUCGGCAGGAUCCAGCAGCAGGGGAAAACCCCACCACAGCCCAUCCCUGCUGCGUCCCAGCAACAGCCAUCCAGUCACCUUCACUCCCAGCCGAUCUGCCCUCCUCUCCAGGCGUCCUCUGAGCCUGUCCACAACCAAACGGUUUCUUACUCUCUUCCUCCUCCUCUCCCUCCUUCUCAGUUCCUGCCCGUCUGUCCUAACCAACAAUACGCAGUGCCUGAAGCCCUCAACGCCCAGUUCAGUCACAUGACUCUGGCGCAGCAGCCCCCCAACGACAGCGGAGCCCCGGCUCCAGACGGCCGCCAUUACCCCUCCGUGUACAACCACCACCAUUCCCCCAUGGUCAUGCACGGGGGCCCCCCACAUCAGGUCGCCAGCUACGUGGUAGCAGGGCCGUCGGGACCCCAGGGGCUGCUGCAGGGGCCCGCGCCGGGCCCCACCCACGCGUACCACAGCCCCAACACGGGCGCCGCUGCUUACCCCGGACACAGCCUCAACCAGCCCCUUCUGCAGCAGCACACGUACAUCCAGCAGCCUGUCCAGCAGAUGUCCGCAUGCUACUGUUCCUCGGCCCAUCAUCCACACUGCUCCGGCCAGCAGCAGCACUACCGGCCCGUCAACCCACUGCCAUACAACUGCCCGCAGAGCCAAAACCUGCCCCAGCAACAAGUGCACCAAGCCGUGAUGCCAAACCCCGCGUCCAGCUACCAGACCGUAGUGGGCGUGCAGCCAGGACCCAGCCUCGCUCUCUCUGGCAACCAGCAAAGCAAUAUGGCCAACCAGAUGCAAGGCAUGAUGGUCCAGUACCCUCCGAUGCAGUCUUAUCAGCAGGUUUCUGUUCCGCAGCAGACGUACCAGCAGCCGCUGCUGGUGUCCUGCCAGCCGGGCCAGGGCCCGAUGGCUGUGGCUGGCAUGCAGCCCUGCUACAGCCUGCUGCCCCCCAACCAACACACCACCAUGAGUUCAACAGUAAGUUUCCUGCCCGCCCAUAUGAUGGAGCAGCUCCAGUUCCCUCAGACUUCCCCCCCCUGCGUCUCCCAGCAGCACCCGGGCCAGCAGUAUACAGGGUUGUUACCCACGGCGCCCGGCGGCGGCAUGGUGAUGCUCCAGAUGACGGCGCCCCCCUGCCAGCAGCCCCGCGCCCCCUCCCCCUGCCAGAGGAAGAACCCCGGCCACAAGCAGCCGGGCCCCGACCCCCCGCGGGGCCGCAGGCACGCAGAGCUGCCCGCGCCUGCAGACAGCAGCCAGAGCAGCCUGCCCUUGUCUCCUGCGCUCACCCCCGGGCCCUGCCAGCCGUGCCCUCCCAGCAUCAAGGGCCUCCCAUCAGGCCUGCCCAUCCCUGUGUUGUCCCAUCACCCACAGCUCCCUACAGCCUUCUACCACAGUGGACCAGGUGAACCACACUACUCUCUACUCGGCCAGCCUCUUCAGUACAAACCCUCCAUCAGACCUCCACUGAUCCAGACCGUGGGCCUCGCCAAACACCAGGGUCCACUGGGAGUUUGGCGAAGCGGCCACGGGAAGAAGGCCAGCAGGAAACCCUUGUCUUCAGAUCUCAGUGUAGGUGAAGCAGUGAGCGGUUCUGGACACGUCUAAUCCUCCGGAGGGGAUCAGCGGCUCGGCUCCCACCAGCUCCCACCACGGUUCUGCAGACAGGGCGGCUUGAUCGUCCCCGGUGGUGUAUCAGAGACGCCUCCGCCGGACACCUGGCUCCAUCACUGGCUCCAUCACUGGCUCCAUCACGGCCCAUCGUUGCCCCACCCCCUCCAGACACCCCUCCCACCGCAGGCCCCGCCCCCUCCGAACUAGCUAGGGAGAGCUGUGUGACCCGGACGAGACCAGCUCAAAGCUGCUAAGACGACGGCGUCUGAGGAGCGCCGCACGAACACACCCAAGCACCUGCCUCUGCUGCCUCACUCUGGACUGUCUCCCAGAUUCUGUCCAAAUUAAACUAUCAAAUCUAUGAAGAAUGAAUGUUUACUUUUAUUUUGUUGUACUUUUUUUUUUUUUUCUGGCCACCAGGUUUGUGCGGGGAGAAGAACUGAGCACGAACUCGUCAUUUGUGAAAUGCAGGCUUUUUGAGAUCACUUCAAGACCCUGCUCAGUCCUACAAUUUUUUUGGCUCUAAAGUGAGUUCUGAAGGCUUCUGGGGUUUUUGUUCCAGCCGAGAAGGUCCACCGUGGUCGUCGUGAUAGCAGGUUGUAGACUCGUAUCUCCACCACAUCCAGCAAAAUGUACUCAUCACGUACUCCUCUCUGGCUCUACGAUGUUUGUUUGUUGGUUUUUUUUUUUGCCCUCUUUUGAAAAGUUAACAUUUAAGUUGAGCGUUCAUCUAAAUAAAGUGUUUUAAGUUCCUACAACUGAUGGAGACGUGCAUCAGCUUGGGUGACGGGCUCAUGAACCUGGGUAGCAUUUACAUCAUGUUGGGUAACAAGUGUUCUCCUGUCGUACAACUCUCAAUAACAACCGCAGCUGCACUUGUACAAUAUGAGCCUGUACAAUAAGAAACACUGAAUAACGGAAAUACUACCUGAAUUAUUUAAGUCACCGUCAAACACAGUGAAUGUUGCAUUUGCACUGAAAAUAAUGAUCAAGGUGGAGAUUUGGUGUCAGACAGGGCCUGGAUUUUCUUUUAUUUACCCCUCAUACCUGUUUGUUGCACUCGGCCAGGCCACUUUGUUUUAUAUAUUAAAUUAAAAUGUUUAUAUGCACAAGAAAAAUGCAAUCGAGUUUAUCACUCUUGGCUUCAUUUGUUUGGAUUUCUGUGUGAAUCAUGAGAGGUGUUCUGUGUAUGGUGUGGCUUUUUCCCCUCUUUACUUUUUAUUUCUUUUUGUUUGGUUGUUUGACUAAUAAAUGUUUGCACCACA